CUCGCACCACUGACUGCCACCGUCCCCUGCGCUCCCUCGCCGGCUUCGCCGCUCUUUCCUCUCAACUGAUCGUUUCAGCGGAGGGGCUCGCACGCGCGAUCGUGCCAUUGAUACCCACUUUACAGCGCGCUCGCGGAAAACAGUCGGCAUGUCUCUGUGUCCCCCCACCACCCCCUCUUUCUCCCUGUCCUGCCUCUCUGGUUGCGCGUCGUUAAACUAACGGGGAGGUGUUAACUACUUUUUUUCCCUCCUUUCCCAAAGCGUUAUCACUGUUAUACUGCGCAAGAAGCAGAAGGGCCGGUGCUACUGAUACACUCAGAGCGCAAAAAAAAAAAAGUUUUGGUUUGUGUGGAUAAAAAAAAAGAAAAAGUAGAAGGAGCCGGAAAGUGAGCAGCCGUCUGCGUUAGAAGCGGAUUGUGCCACGGCGAGUUCAUGGACCAAACGAAGAUGAGGUGACAGCUUCAUUGACCUGCGGAUGUCCACCCUGGACCACCAACCAAGGAAAGCUUCCAUUUUUACCUAAGAGGUUCUCCAAGCAUUCUCCAUCCAGACCACUGACAGCAUUUAUAUCCACAACUAAACCUUUUGAAGUUGUGACUUGUAUGACAAGAUACCCUGCAGCCCCAAAGUGAUGUGGAGUAACUAUUUCCAUGUGAAAUCUGUGGUGACAUAAGAUUUUAGGUCCACUAAGAAUGAACUAAAAUCAAGUUACCCACAAUUCACUUUGUUUGAAAGAUUGUUCGAACUCUUCGUCUUUGCAAAGGGGUCAUUAUCUUAGCUCCUUCCUUCAUUGUGCCGAUUGCCACCCCACAUUCCUGCACCUCUUCAGUCCUGUGUAAAAGGCCUUGUGUAUAGUCUCCAGUCUCACUGAGGAGGAAUCAUCUCCUCCUCCUCGUAAAACCCUUACAGCCUCUUUUGUCAGUCCAGCCAUGGACCUCCACAGGGCAGCCUUCAAGAUGGAGAGCUCCUCCUAUCUGCCAAAUCCUUUGGCCUCCCCAGCCCUCAUGGUGUUGGCCUCCACUGCUGAAGCUUCUCGCGAUGCUUCAAUCCCCUGCCAGCAGCCACGUCCAUUCGGCGUACCAGUUUCCGUUGAAAAAGAUGUCCAUUUGCCGUUCAACAACGGUUCCUAUACUUUUGCAUCAAUGUACCACCGCCAAGGUGCCGUCCCGCCUGGAUUCCCUAAUAGGGAUUUUCCCCCAUCCCUCCUACACCUUCACCAUCAGUUUGCUCCACCUAACCUGGACUGUUCGCCCAUCAGCAUGCUGAAUCACAGCGGUGUUGGCGCCUUCCGGCCCUUUGCGUCACCUCCUGAAGACAGAGACGGAGCACCUGGAGGGUACCAGUCUGCUUUUACUCCAGCCAAGCGCCUCAAAGGCUGCUUGGAUGCCGAGGCUUCCCCCCAUCUGAGGUACUCCGAUGCAGAGGGUAAAGAAUACGACUUUGGCGGCACUCAGAUCCCUCCUGGAGGGUCACCCAGCAGCGCCUUGAAAGCAGUUGAGGACAGCGGGAAAAAGAUCUUCGCCGUGUCAGGUCUCUUGUCUGAUCGUGAGACAUCCUCCAGCCCCGAGGACCGCAUCGAACGCUGUAAAAAGAAGAUGUCCCUGUAUGACAGUCAGGCUCCCGUCUGUCCCAUCUGCCAGGUGCUGCUCCGACCAGGAGAGCUGCAGGAACACAUGGAAACAGAAAUCGAGCGGCUAGCAAACAUAUGCCUCAGGUAAGCCUCAACACUCAGAAUCCUCUCAUCCCAAAAGUGCAACAAAAGUUAAUGCACGAUGCACUCUUUAAGGUAAAUAAAAAAAAUAAUGGAAAAAAAAA